UGAGAUCCGACGUUCUUUGCACUCUGGUGGGCCUGCCGCGGCUAAUGAUGCAUGAUGUAUUGGCUGUACUACUAGGCAGCGAUCAUGAUGCAUCCCUGCAGUCGCAGCAAAACCUUGCAUCGAUCUGACAUGGUCGCCUACCCAUAUUUAGUCUUGGCGCUCUGGGCGCCCACUUGUACUGGCGAUUUCGCCAGGUCAAGGCAACAUCUCUACAAAUUCAAUCCAAAUGAACAGCAGCGUCACCGCCCUACUUCAUCUGUUGAUAUCUUCUUGUCAUAUUUUGGUUUGUUUUGCAAUAUCUGAGCCUAUAGCUACGGAUAGAAAGAAUAAGAAUUCAG